ACUUUACGCAAGCGCUAAUUAUCUAGACUUGUUUCCGUUGAAACUUCCUUUUCCUCACCAAUUUUCCAACAUGGGAUACAGAGGCCGUAGGAAGCAUCUGAAGCGGUUGGUUGCCCCUAAGGCAUGGAUGUUGGACAAGCUUGGCGGUGUUUUUGCACCAAAGCCAGCCACUGGUCCACACAGAUCAAGGGAAUGCUUGCCCUUGAUUGUAUUCCUCCGUAACAGGUUGAAAUACGCUUUAACAGCUGAUGAAGUGAAAAAGAUAGUUAAACAAAGAUUGAUCAAGAUCGAUGGCAAAGUCAGGACAGAAACUAGAUACCCAGCUGGAUUCAUGGAUGUUAUCAGCAUUGAAAAGACUGGUGAGAAUUUCCGUCUGUUGUACGAUGUUAAAGGAAGGUUCACAGUGCACAGAAUUAAACCAGAAGAAGCCAAGUACAAAUUAUGUCGUGUCAGGAAACAAGAAAUUGGACCAAAGGGGAUCCCAUAUGUAACAACCAGUGAUGGCCGAACUAUCCGGUACCCUGAUCCAUUGGUCAAGGUCCAUGACACUGUGAUGGUUGACAUUGCUUCUGGGAAAAUCAAGGACUUCAUCAAAUUUGAUAGUGGUUAG